UGAUCAAAAAUUGAAAAAAAUCAUGGAGUCGAGGAAAAACUCUGAUCAUCGUCAAAUGCGUAGAGGUGGUGAGAGCAUGAAGACAAGGUCACCGUCUGUGAUAGUUGUCGGAAGUGGUUUUGCUGGAAUCUCAGCUGCUCGCACUCUUCAAGAUGCUUCCUUUCAGGUUACUGUACUGGAGUCACGUGACAGGAUUGGUGGACGAGUCCACACUGAUUACUCAUUCGGUUUUCCUGUUGAUCUUGGUGCAUCAUGGCUGCACGGAGUGUGCAAAGAGAAUCCUCUCGCACCAGUAAUUGGGAGACUAGGACUGCCCUUGUAUCGUACCAGUGGUGACAACUCGGUCUUGUAUGAUCAUGAUCUUGAGAGCUAUGCUCUGUUUGAUAUGGAUGGCAAUCAAGUUCCUCAAGAGCUAGUAAGAGAGGUUGGGGUAACAUUUAAGCAGAUUUUGGAAGAGGUCAAGAAAGUGAGGGAUGAGGAGGAUGCAGACAUGUCAAUAUCUCAGGCUUUCUCAAUUGUGUUUUCAAGAAAACCCGAGUUGAAGUUAGAGGGGCUUGCACACAAUGUACUUCAGUGGUACUUGUGCCGCAUGGAAGGAUGGUUUGCUGCCGAUGCUGAUACCAUCUCUGUACAGUGUUGGGACCAGGAGGAACUUCUUCCUGGUGGACACGGUCUUAUGGUUAGAGGGUAUCGUCCUGUCAUCAAUACCUUGGCCAAAGGGCUUGAUAUUCGACUAAACCAUAGGGUUACUAAGAUCGUAAGGCAGUAUAAUGGAGUGAAAGUAACUACAGAAGACGGUAAAACAUUUGUUGCGGAUGCUGCAGUGAUCGCUGUUCCUCUCGGUGUCUUAAAAUCCGGAACAAUAACAUUCGAACCGAAGCUACCAGAUUGGAAACAAGAAGCAAUCAACCAACUCGGAGUAGGUAUCAUGAACAAGAUCAUACUCCAUUUCGAGAAAGUCUUCUGGCCACAAGUAGAGUUACUAGGAGUGGCUGCAGAAACCUCCUACGGUUGCAGCUACUUCUUGAACCUGCACAAGGCCACAGGUCAUCCGUUUCUGGUUUACAUGUCGGCUGGUCAGCUCGCCAGAGACAUUGAGAAGAUGUCAGAUGAAUCUGCUGCGAGUUUCGCAGUCAUGCAGCUCAAGAGAAUCUUUCCAGAUGCUAUGGCUCCGGUGCAGUAUCUUGUCUCGAGGUGGGGAUCUGAUGUGAACUCAUUGGGAUCUUAUAGCUAUGAUGCUGUGGGAAAACCUCAUGAUCUCAACGAGAGGCUUAGGGUUCCAGUGGAUAACUUGUUCUUUGCUGGUGAAGCUACGAGCUCGAGCUUCGCUGGCUCGGUUCAUGGUGCUUAUUCGAGUGGACUGAUGGCUGCUGAGGAAUGCAUGAUGCGUGUGUUGGACCUGUUUCAGCUUGUGAUGGGUGAAGAAGGACCUGCCUCUGUUCCCCUUCUUAUAUCUCGUCUCUAAACUCCACCAUUGUCAUUGCUAUCUAUAUUGAUUACUAGAAAAACAUGGAAGUGAUUGUAUGGAAAAC